CCACAGGGGGCGGUGAACUAUCCGGGCCAGUUACUGGCAUCUCUACCUCUUGUCAUAGUUCACAUAUAGUUAACGUAGUAGUUGGAGCUCCGCGGAAUCUGCCUCCCCUCCUCCCCCCUAUCCUGCCUGAGUGACGUCUGUAUAUAUAUACCCCGCUCUCGCCGGCAGCAGCAGCCACAGCUGUGCAGUGUACACAGAGACAGCGCCAGGGACUGGCAGAGCGGGAGCCGGGCACCACCACCACUGCACCGGAGGAUAAACAGAAGCCCUCAAAAAGAUGACCUGUAGAGGAUUUACACAAUUUGGAAAGAAGUUGAUUCGUAGGAGGGUUAUAGACCUUGGCAAUGAAGAAACUUGCUUUGCCCGAUGCUUGACCACAUUAGAUCUUAUUGCCCUUGGGGUUGGCAGCACAUUAGGAGCUGGUGUUUAUGUACUGGCCGGUGAUGUUGCAAAAGAUGAAGCUGGGCCAGCAAUAGUCAUUUGUUUUCUCGCCUCUGCCCUCGCCUCUGUGCUUGCUGGUCUAUGCUAUGCUGAAUUUGGAGCAAGGGUCCCCAAGACUGGGUCUGCCUAUUUGUACAGCUACGUCACUGUUGGAGAGAUCUGGGCAUUCACAACUGGAUGGAAUUUAAUCCUGUCUUAUGUACUGGGUACUGCAAGUGUGGCACGAGCAUGGAGCUCUACCUUUGAUGAUAUAAUUGGCAACAGCAUCAGCAAUUUCUUUAAAGAGAGAAUAUAUAUCAAAGUGGAAAAUGUCCUGGCAGACUAUCCAGAUUUCUUUGCUCUUCUUCUUGUUAUUCUGCUAACAGUACUUUUGGCUGUUGGAGUAAGUGAGUCUGCCCUGGUUAAUAAAAUCUUCACUGCUGUGAAUCUGCUGGUGUUGGCCUUCGUCAUCUUGUCUGGCUUUCUGAAAGGAGAUAUCAACAACUGGAAAAUAAAUCCAGAGACUUAUAAUUUCACUUUGCUUAACAUCUCUAACAGUUCCGUAAACAUUGGUUCAGGGGGAUUUGUUCCUUUUGGCUUCAGUGGUGUUGUAUCUGGGGCUGCUGCCUGCUUUUAUGCAUUUGUUGGGUUUGACUGCAUUGCCACCACAGGUGAAGAAGCCAAGAACCCCCAGCGUUCCAUUCCUAUCAGCAUCAUAGUUUCUUUGCUUGUGUGCUUUGUGGCCUAUUUUGGAGUGUCUGCUGCACUUACACUCAUGAUGCCAUACUUUUUACUGAAUAAAAACAGCCCCCUCCCUGGAGCAUUUAGACACGUGGGUUGGGAGCCAGCUCGUUACGUUGUCUCAGUUGGGUCUCUGUGUGCCCUCUCAACAAGUUUGCUGGGUUCUAUGUUUCCUAUGCCCCGUGUAAUCUAUGCAAUGGCUAAAGAUGGCCUGCUGUUCAAGUUCCUUGCGAAAGUCAGUGAAAGAACAAAGACUCCUCUGGUUGCAACCAUAGUUUCUGGAAUUGUAUCAGCAAUUAUGGCUUUCCUUUUUGAGCUGAAUGUUCUGGUGGAAUUAAUGUCCAUCGGUACUUUACUGGCAUACUCCUUGGUGGCAGCCUGUGUCGUUAUCCUUAGGUACCAGCCAGACCAGCUGGACUCUCCAUGUAAGAACACUGAAAUGGUCAAGUUGAAUAAGGACGAGAAUGAGAAAGUAGACCAUGAUCUUCCAUUCACACCUGCCACAACUCUGAGCGACCCCUUCCAUAUCCGACACCUUUUAUUUCCAGCCAGCAAAGUCCCCACCAAACAAUCUGGGAACAUUGUGUAUGGCUGUGUCUCUGUAAUCUCGGUCUUGUUCAUCUUCAUGUGUUUGAUACUUGCCAUUAAACUUCAGGAUAUCCUCAGCGGGAGUCCUAUCUGGAUCGCUAUCUUUACCCUUCUGUCUGUGGGGUCUGCUGCAAUUACCUUUGUGAUCUGGAAACAACCAGAAAGUAAUGCUCGGCUGUCAUUUAAAGUGGCUGCUCUCCCUGUGUUGCCUCUGUUUAGUGUAUUUGUCAACCUUUACUUCAUGAUGCAACUUAAACCUGGAACGUGGGUUCGAUUUGCUGUGUGGAUGGUUCUAGGUUUUCUCAUCUACUUCUGCUAUGGCAUUUGGAACAGCACUGAAGAAAAGAAUGCUAAAGCGGAGGAACGUCUACUGUCCAAAAAACCCACCUUUCCCAUUAAGGAGCCUUCAGCAACUUUUGUAUGAUGGCCAUUUUGUACACCCCUGACUUGUGUGGUUUAGUGAAAGCUGUAGCUGUGCAAGUCUAGUAUGAAGCCUGUUACUGGCACAUUCAGUGUUAAUGUUGACCUUUUUGGGAGGUUUAUUUUUACUAAAUAUUCUUGACAUUGUGACCCCAAGACACCUUUGCUGUCUGCUUAGACCCACAUUAUGCAAAUGUGCACUAGAAUGUACAGGCCAUUUUGAAUCCACCAAUUCCGUAUUGGUUUAAAACAACUGGCUCUUAAGUCUACCCCUCCCCCAUGUAUCUGAGUGGGCUACAUAUUCAGCCUAAAAAAAUCCAUGUUUGGCCAUAUUGACACAGUGCAGAAUUAAGCAUAUCCUGCUCUCCAUAGCCUUCAACCUUGCAGUGUGCCAGUAUGAGCUCUCAUUUAAUUUGAGAUUGUGAUGUUCUUCCUAUUCCUCACACUGUAUCAGUGUAUGUUUUGUUAUAACCUGGUAUUGUCAUAAGUGUGCGGAAGAGUUUCACUAGAACAACCAGCAGUCGCUCAACCUCCUAUUGAGCUUGUGUAUGAAUAUACGUAUAUGAAUUUAAAAAAAAUCAUUGGGAUCAAGUAAAUAUGCCUACAAAGACUUGAAAUUGUACUUGAAGACUUUGUGUUUACAGAUACAGGAAAUAUUUAUUCUGUUUUAUUUAACUUAUGUAAUCAACUCCCCCUACUUUUAAUUUCUAAAACAAGUGACAACCUAAUUGUUCAAAAUGGUUAUUUCUAUUUUUUACUUCUCUCUAUUAGACAGUAGUAUUUACCAGCUUUAAUAGUUUGGUAUUGUGGAAGUAUUUUGUCAGAGUUUGUAUGUGCACAAAAUGACAAACCAUUUUCUCCAUAUUUUAAUAAUGGAGUAUGUAAAUAAUGAAAAUUUGUUUUUAUUUAUUCUAGUCACACUACCAUGUUCUAAUUGUAACCUAGAGGUCACAUAAAAACAAAUGAAACCAGGAAAAAACGUAAAUGUUACAAGAGUUUGAAUAUUCUUUUCAUUGCAUCUUGUGAUUUAUAAGGUUAUGGUAGAUGAGUACUAUAUAAAGCCACGGGCCUUUCUCUAGUGCAAUUACAGUUAGUGACCAUGGCUGUCAGGUCCCGCCAGGAGAGAGGUGUAAUGGAUGUUGACCAAUGCUAACACGCACAAUUUUUAUAUAUUAAUAUUUGUUUCCAACAUGCUUUUUGCUGGUUAAAAAAAAAUCAACAGACGUUAAACAGACUUUCGAACAUAUUUUACUGAAAGUAAAUAGUUUAGAUAUGUUUUUGUUAGCAUAAUUUUUUUUUGUUUUGUUUAAAAUAAAAUGCUUUUGUUCUUCUUUUUUUUUUUUUUUUUUUUUCUUUCGUGUUUACGGACUGAUUUUCUCUUGUUUGCGUGGAUAUCGAAUGAACAGUUCAGUACACCAGGGGGCUCUGUUAAUGGACUGUAUGCAGAUGUUGUGAACUACACAUCCCAUCAUGCCCUGCCACAGUUUUAGAAUUCCCUAAUAGCAAAACUGUGGCAAGACAUGAUGGGACUUGUAGUUUUACAACAGCUGGAGAGUUACAGGUUGGCCAGGCCUGCAGAAGACCUUUGUUUUUGGAGAUGCCAGCAAGUUAUAUGAAUAAGUGGUGGCAUCAAACCUUCUAUGACAAAACUACCAAACAUGAAGACUAAAACCCCUUACCACACUUUCCAGAACACAGAAAGCACAAUGCAGUAUAUUUGUAAAUUAGUAAUACAUUUUAAGACAGUAGUACAACAGCCAUUAUUAAUUCUGCUAAUAAAGGUACAGAAUAUUUUUA